AUGGAGGGCGUGACUUUGGCUGGUGGGGAGGGGGGUGAGAAGGGAGAGGGGAAAAAGAAGGAGGGUGAGGGUGAAAAGGAGGGUGAGGGUGAAAAGAAGGAGGGUGAGGUGGAAAAGAAGGAGGGUGAAAAGAAGGAGGGUGAAACGAAGGAGGGUGAAAAGGAAGACGGUGAAAUGAAGGAGGGCGAAAAGGAGGCAGCUAAAAAGGAGGAGGGUGAUAACAAGGAGGGUGGAAAGGAGGAGGGUGAGAAAGAGGGCGUGGAGGAGGAGGAAGCGGUGGAGCUGGGUUGGGAGGAGUUGCUGCCAGGCCUGCCAGACCACCUGAAGAGCCACAGCCAGCUGGCACCGCUUUUCCGCACGCGACACUGGCGGGCCGAGCAUGACCUGCAGCUGCUGAAAGGCAUCACCAAGCACGGCUACGGGCGGUGGAGUGACAUUAUCAACGACGACCGGCUGGGCCUCGCUGACGUGGCACGUGCUGAGCUGUCGCUGCCGCCCGCCCCACCGCGCAACAUGAUUGGCCUUACCCUCGAGGACAUCCCAGCCGUUCCACCUACCCCAGUUGCCACCUCGUCUACCCAGCCCACCAAUCCUGGUGUUGCUCCCACCAAUCCUGGUGUUGCACCCACCAAUCCUGGUGUUGCGCCCACCAAUCCUGGUGUUGCGCCCACCAAACCUGAUGUUGUGACCACCAAACCUGACGGUAUGACCACCAAACCUGACGGUGGUGGUGGGGAUGUGAUGGGUGAAAUUGCUGGUGCUAGGGAGGAGGAGAGGGCAGAGGGGAAGGCGGGAGUGGCAGAGGGGAAGGCGGGAGUGGCACAACAAGAGGGUGCUUUGGGGGAUCGCAUGAGUGCGGGUGUGAAAGCUGAAACAAGUGCUGCUGCUGGUGCCAGUGGUGCUGAUGGUGGUGCCAGUGGUACUGAUGAUGCUGAAAAACGUGUGACUAUGAAGGAGGAAGGAACAGAGGGAGUGAAGGAGGAAUUGAAGGAAGAUGUGAAGGAGGAAACGAAGGAGGGAGCAAGUGAGAAGGAAAAGGAGGAAGAAAUGAAGGAAACAAAGGAGGAAACAGAGGAAGUGAAGGGGGAUGUGAUGGAGGGAGGGAAGGAGAAAGCACAGGAAGCAAAGGAGAAAGCACAGGAGGAAGCAAUGGAGGAAGCAAAGGAGGAAGCAGCGGAAGCAGGAGCAGAGAGGUUGCAGCAGCAGGAGGAGCAGCGGCGGCAGCAGCAGCAGCGGCUGCAGCAAAUGCAGUUGCAGCAGCAGCUGCGGCAGCAGGAGCGAUUGCAACGGCUGGAGCAGCAGCAGCAGCUAGAGCAGCAGUUGCGUGCCUUGUAUCAGCAGCAGGUGCAGCAGCAGCAGCAGCAGCAGCAGCAGCAGCAGCAGCAGCAGCAGCAGCAGCAGCAGCAGCAGCAGCAGCAGCAGCAGCAGCAGCAGCAGCAGCAGCAGCAGCAGCAACAAGAACAGCAACCGCAGCAACAACAGCAGCAACCGCAGCAGCAACAGUUAGAGCAACAGCUACGUGCCUUGUACCAGCUGCAACAGCAGCAGCAGGAACAACACUUGCGGCAGCUGCGGCAACAACAGCAAGAGCAGCAGCAACAGCAACAGCUGGAGCAACAAUUACGAGCCUUAGAGCAGCAGCAGCAGCAGCAGCAGCAGCAGCAGCAGCAGCAGCAGCAGCAGCAGCAGCAGCAGGACCCCAAGGGCAGUGUGCCAUGGACAGAGCCUUAUGUGAUCGGCACUCCUGCCACUCGUGUCGCUGCUCCAGCUGCCACCGUCACUGCUGCCCCUGCCAGUCGCCUGCAAGCUACCUCCUCCGUUAAGGCCCCUCAGAACCAGGCCGAAGCUGGAUUAGCAGCACCUCAGAACCGAUCUGAAUCUACUUCGAAGGAGCCGCAAGAGGAGGCGGAGUGUGACCCGUAUGUUGCGCUCAUCCGCCGUCUCAAUGCCGAGGCUGAGGCAGCGGCAGGCGAGAAUGCAUCUUCUGAUUCCGAGGUUGAGGCUGUAGCGGCGGCUGGGGGGAAUGGAUGCAGUGAUCCUGGGGGCGAGGCUGUAGCAGCAGGGAAGAGUGGGAGUGCUCCUGUAGAUACUGCAGAUGAGGAUGUAGCGACACAAGGGAGCAGGGAUGCAUCUGCUUCACGCUCUCGUGACCCGGCUGUAGCAGCAGGGGGGGUUGAGAGAACGGAGGCGAUUGCUGCUAUGGCAGCUGCAACAGCUAAUCUCAAAGGCAGACCUUCUGGAGCAGCUGAGUCUGAUGCAGGUGAAGCAUCUGCUGCAGGUGAAGCAUCUGCUGCAGCAAUAAACAAUAGCGAAGAACCCAAGUCUGUUGCUAGCACUGCCGCUCCUGCUGCUCCUGCUGCUCCUGCUGGUUCUUCCCCUCCUGCUGCUGCUCCUGCUGCUCCUGCUGGUUCCCCCACUCCUCCUGCUCCUUCUGGUUCUUGCGCUCCGCCUCCUGCUGGUUCUCCCCCUGCUGCUGAUGGUUCUGCAGAGCAAGUCAGGCAGGGCCAGAAGGAGCCACCCACGCAGGGUCAAUUGGGCGGGGAUGUGGAUGGUGGAGGCAGCGCUCUAGGGAGCAAACAAGCUCGGGAGGCCCAAGAGAAAGAAGCACUUGAAAAGGCGCAACAGAGAAGGCUUUACGUAGAGAAGGGGCGAGGAGAGGAGGCUGAAGCAGAGCAGGUGAUGUCAGCAAAGGGUAAGGCAGAGCUUAGAGGUGGGGGGGGUGGAAAGAAGAGUUUUGAGGCGCCUCAAAAUGGGGCUGAAGCAGAGCAGGUGAAUUCAGCAAAGGAUAAGGCGGAGCCCAGAGGUGGGGGGGAUGCAAAGAAGAGGCAGGAGGGCAAGGAGUCCCCAGAAGGUAACGAGAUGGUGGUGGAAGUGCCAGUGUCACCCGAGAGAGCAGAGAGAGGGGAGUCUGCUCGAGUGCCUGCAGAGAAUGACAACAUGGCUGUUGAGAUACCACCUGCUAAAGCAGCAGAGCAGGGCAGUGUUCGUGUGCAAGGGACUGGUGCCCCCCACGUGCACGCUGGGGGGAAACAUGUGGCAGGCAGCAAAGGGGGUGUUGCUUCAGAGCCCAAUGAGAAUCACACUGUUGUGGAAGGGGUUGGUGGGAAGAAGAGUGCGGAUGGAAAGUCGGCUGCAGAGGAGAAUGGUGAUCACAGCUGCGCCAAUGAGAAGCGCUCUUCUGGUGCAGGCCAAGAGGAGGCUCAAGCACAGGGAAGGUCUCAAAAGCAGCAGCCGCAGGUGCAGGUGCAGCAGCCGCAGGUGUUACAAGGGGAGCGCGUGCUGGAUGUAACGCAAGUGCGGCAACAGUUGAAUGGAGCUGAGUCGCCAGUGGUGGCUGUAGAUGAUGGUGAGGAGAUCAUUGAUUUGUGCGAUGAUGACGACGAGUGA